AUGAAUUCCGCCGCUAGACUCCUCUCCUCACACCUUCCCCUUCGCCGUGCGCCCAUUGCCUCAGUUCGCGCUUCCUCGUCUCGAUUUGCACCUUCUUUCGGCGCCGUCCGCACCUUCUCAGUCUCAGCACGCAACAUGGCUGCCGCACGCAAGAUUAAGGUUAAGAAUCCGGUCGUGGAACUCGACGGCGAUGAGAUGACCCGCAUUAUCUGGCAGACUAUCAAGGACAAGUUCAUCUAUCCUUACCUUGAUAUCGAUCUGAAGUACUACGAUCUGGGUCUCGAAUACCGCGAUAAGACCAACGACCAGGUCACUGUUGAUGCUGCCGAGGCUAUUAAGAAGUACUCCGUCGGUGUCAAGUGCGCUACCAUUACACCUGAUGAGGCUCGUGUUGAAGAAUUCAAGCUGAAGCAAAUGUGGCUGUCACCAAACGGCACAAUUCGAAAUGCUCUGGGCGGCACUGUCUUCCGUGAGCCCAUCGUCAUCCCUCGUAUCCCGCGUCUGGUCCCCGGUUGGGAAAAGCCCAUUAUCAUUGGUCGCCAUGCCUUUGGUGACCAAUACCGCGCCAAGGACAUCGUUGCCCCCGGACCAGGCAAGCUGUCCAUGGUUUACACCCCUGAAGGUGGCGAGCCUCAAGAGGUCGAGGUCUACCAGUUCAAGAACGGUGGUGGCGUUGCCCAAGCGCAGUACAACACUGACGAGUCCAUUACUGGCUUUGCUCAUGCCUCCUUCAAGCUUGCUCUUGACAAGGGCCUGCCCCUCUACAUGAGUACCAAGAAUACCAUCCUUAAGAAGUACGAUGGUCGCUUCAAGGACAUCUUCCAGGAGCUCUACGAUACCCAAUACAAGAAGGAUUUUGAGGCCAAGAAGAUCUGGUACGAGCACCGUCUCAUUGAUGACAUGGUUGCCCAGAUGAUUAAGAGCAAGGGCGGCUACAUCAUGGCUCUCAAGAAUUACGACGGUGAUGUCCAGUCUGACAUUGUCGCUCAGGGCUUCGGUUCCCUUGGCCUCAUGACCUCGGUCCUCAUCACCCCCGACGGCAAGACGUUCGAGUCCGAGGCCGCCCACGGCACCGUUACCCGCCACUACCGUGAGCACCAGAAGGGCAAGGAGACCUCUACCAACCCCAUUGCCUCCAUCUUCGCCUGGACCCGCGGUCUCAUUCAGCGUGGCAAGCUCGACAACACGCCCGAGCUUGUGGCCUUUGCCGAGAGCCUUGAGCAGGCUUGCAUCGACACCGUCGAUAAGGAUGGCGUCAUGACCAAGGAUUUGGCCCUGGCCUGCGGCAAGAACGAGCGCUCCGACUACGUCACGACCAACGAGUACCUGAAUGCCGUUGAGCGCCGCAUGAAGACCAUCCUCAAGGAGAAGUUGUAA